UUCCGGGGGUCCCUCCCCUCCCCCCCACCAUGGCCGACCCCAUCAUGGACCUUUUCGACGACCCCAACCUGUUCGGGCUGGACCCCCUCCCCCCCGAGGAGCUGGUCACGCCCCCCGCCCCUCCCCCCAGCGACCCCCUGGCCGAAGCUUUGGGGCUCUCGGGGGCUCUGGACCCUCCCCCACCCCCAGACCCCCCCCAGGACCCCUCCCCAAAUCCCGCCCCUCCCCCUUCAGCCCAACCCCCACCCGAUCAAGAAGUGCUGAGUCAGGGAAAUCCCUUCAUGGGGGUCUCCGCCCCUCCCCCACCCGCCCCCGCCCCUCCCCCCAAAAUCGUCAUCCUCAAAGCCCCUCCCCCCGCCGGCCCCACCCCUGGAGGCCCCGCCCCUCUGGCCACGCCCAACGGCGGCAAGCUCACCUUGGCGGGGGGCGUGGCCAAAGGGGGCGUGGCCGGGCAGGGCCGGCAGGUGAAGCAGCUGCUGCUGCAGCCCCUCAAGGCGGGGGGAGGGGCCUCACCUGGGACCCCCCUGAAACCGGGACUGAGCCUGGGACCCGCUCAGGGCGAGUCCAAGCGCAUCACCCUGGUCCUGCAGCAGCCCCCGGGCGCGGCCGCGGCGCCCGGCCAACGCCACGUGGUGCUGGGCACUCUGCCGGGCAAGCUGCUCCUCCAGGGGGCCACCACGGCUACGGCCACUCCGGCCAAGGCGGCACCCGGCGCUCCGGCCAAGGUGGUGACCAUCCAGCUGCAGGUGCAGCCUCCGGCCGCCGGCCAGCCCGGGCAGCCCGGCCAGGCGCAGAAGAUCCAGCUGGUGCAGCACGGGCCGGGCGGGGCGGGGCCGCUGGGCGUGGCCCAGGUGCCGCAGGUGAUGGGCGGGGCCGGCCAGAGACUGACCGUGCCGCUCAAGGUGGUGCUGCAGCCGCAGCCCGCCUCCUCCACCGGCGCCGCCGCCGCCUCCUCCGCCGGCCUCUCCGUGGUCAAAGUCCUGAGCAGCAGCGGCGCCGAGAUGACCACCGCGCUGACCACUACGACCACACCGCUGACCACUCGCUGCCCCUCGGACGAGAGCCGCAAGCUGGAGCACCAGAAGAAGCAGGAGAAGGCGAACAGGAUCGUGGCCGAGGCCAUCGCCCGCGCCCGCGCCCGCGGCGAGCAGAACAUCCCGCGCGUGCUCAACGAGGACGAGCUGCCCAGCGUCCGGCCGGACGAGGACGGGGACAGGAGGAGGAGGAGGAAGGGCAGCACGGACAGGGCGGCCAAGGAGGAGAGGAGCAGGAGGAAAGGGCAGGGGACAAAGAGCAAGGGGCGUGGCAAGGCCAGCACCAUCACCCCCGUGGUGGGGAAGAAGCGCAAGCGCAACGCCAGCUCGGACAAUUCCGACUCGGAGGCGCUGCCGGCGCCGUCCCCGCGGCGCGACGACGACGGCGGCGUCCAGAAGCGGCGCUCGAACCGGCAGGUGAAGCGCAAGAAGUACACGGAGGACCUGGACAUCAAGCUGACGGACGACGAGGAGGACGAGGAGCUGGACGUGACGGGGCCGGCGCGGCCGGAGGGGCCCGAGCGGCCGGAGGGGCCCCCGGGGCCGGAGCGGCCGCAGCCCAGCCCGGCCGAGCCGGACGGCGACGCGCUGCUGCUGCCCUCGGUGCAGUUCUUUGUGGAGAACCCGAGCGAGGAGGACGCCGCCAUCGUGGACAAGGUGCUGUCCAUGCGCGUGGUCAAGAAGGAGCUGCCCUCCGGACAGGUGGUGGAGUCCGAGGAGUUCUUCGUCAAGUACAAAAACUAUUCCUACCUGCACUGCGAGUGGGCGACGAUCGCGCAGCUGGAGAAGGACAAGAGGAUUCACCAGAAGCUCAAACGGUUCAAGACCAAAAUGAACCAAAUGCGGCAUUUCUUCCACGAGGAUGAGGAGCCGUUCAACCCCGACUACGUGGAGGUCGAUCGGAUCCUGGACGAGUCGCACAGCGUGGACAAGGACAACGGGGAGCCCGUGGUGUAUUACCUGGUGAAGUGGUGCUCCCUCCCGUACGAGGACAGCACCUGGGAGCUGCAGGAGGACGUGGACGAGGCCAAGAUCGCCGAGUUCAAACGGAUCCAGGCGCGGCACCCCGAGCUCAAGAGACAGCCACGCCCCCAGGCCGGCGCCUGGAAGAAGCUGGAGGCGUCCCACGAGUACAAGAACCACAAUCAGCUGAGGGAAUAUCAACUGGAGGGGGUGAACUGGCUGCUCUUCAACUGGUACAACAGGCAGAACUGCAUCCUGGCGGACGAGAUGGGGCUGGGCAAGACGAUCCAGUCGAUCGCGUUCCUGCAGGAGGUGCACGGCGCAGGUGUGCGCGGCCCUUACCUGGUGAUCGCGCCGCUGAGCACCAUCGCCAACUGGGAGCGCGAGUUCGGCACCUGGACGCACCUGAACACCAUCGUGUACCACGGGAGCCUGGCGUCGCGGCAGAUGAUCCAGCAGUACGAGAUGUACUGCAAGGACAGCAAGGGCCGUCUGAUCCCAGGUGCGUACAAGUUCGACGCUUUGAUCACGACCUUCGAGAUGAUCCUGUCCGACUGUCCGGAGCUGCGCGAGGUCCAGUGGCGCUGCGUGGUCAUCGACGAGGCGCACCGGCUCAAGAACCGGAACUGCAAACUGCUGGACAGCCUGAAACACAUGGAGCUGGAGCACAAGGUGCUGCUGACGGGCACACCUUUGCAGAACACCGUCGAGGAGCUCUUCAGCCUCCUGCACUUCCUGGAGCCGUCGCAGUUCCCGUCCGAGGCCGAGUUCCUCAAGGACUUCGGAGACCUCAAGACCGAGGAGCAGGUGCAGAAGCUGCAGGCGCUGCUGAAGCCGAUGAUGCUGCGGCGCCUCAAGGAGGACGUGGAGAAGAACCUGGCCCCGAAACAGGAGACGAUCAUCGAGGUGGAGCUGACCAACGCGCAGAAACGGCUCUACCGCGCCAUCCUGGAGCGCAACUUCGCCUACCUGGCCAGGGGGGCGGGGCACGGCAACGUGCCCAACCUGCUCAACACCAUGAUGGAGCUGCGCAAGUGCUGCAACCACCCCUACCUCAUCAACGGUGCAGAAGAACAGAUCGUGGCCGAGCUCCGUGACUCCCUGCCGUCCCCCCCGCCCCCAGACCUGGCCCUGCAGGCCCUGGUGCGCUCGGCAGGGAAGCUGGUGCUGCUGGACAAGCUGCUGCCGCGGCUGCGCGCCGGCGGCCACAAGGUGCUGGUGUUCUCGCAGAUGGUGCGGUGCCUGGACAUCCUGGAGGACUACCUCAUACAGAAACGGUACCCCUACGAGCGCAUCGACGGGCGGGUGCGGGGCAAUCUCCGCCAGGCCGCCAUCGACCGCUUCAGCCGGCCGGACUCGGACCGGUUCGUGUUCCUGCUCUGCACCCGCGCCGGGGGGCUGGGCAUCAACCUGACGGCCGCCGACACCUGCAUCAUCUUUGACUCGGAUUGGAACCCCCAAAAUGAUUUACAGGCCCAGGCCCGGUGUCACCGCAUCGGCCAGAGCAAGGCGGUCAAGGUUUACCGGCUCAUCACCCGCAACUCGUACGAGCGCGAAAUGUUCGACAAGGCCAGCCUGAAACUGGGGCUGGACAAAGCCGUGCUGCAGUCGAUGUCCGGCCGCGAGGGGAACAUCGCUGGGAUCCAGCAGUUCUCCAAGAAGGAGAUCGAGGACCUGCUGCGCAAGGGCGCCUACGCCGCCAUCAUGGACGAGGACGACGAGGGCGCCAAGUUCUGCGAGGAGGACAUCGAGCAAAUCCUGCUCAGGAGAACCACGACGAUCACGAUAGAGAGCGAGGGGAAGGGAUCCACCUUUGCAAAGGCCAGCUUCGUGGCGUCCGAGAACCGCACGGACAUCGCGCUGGACGACCCCAACUUCUGGCAGAAGUGGGCCAAGAAGGCGGACCUGGACCUGGAGCUGCUCAACAGCAAGAACACGCUGGUCAUCGACACGCCGCGUGUCCGGAAGCAGACUCGCCACUUCUCCACGCUGAGGGACGAUGACCUGCUGGACUUCUCGGACCUGGACAGCGACGACGACCUGGAGCGGCUGGAGCGCGCCACGAGGUCACGCCGGGGUCACCACGGCGGUCACCACGCCUUCGGGAGGAGCGAGUGCUGCAGGGUGGAGAAACACCUGAUGGUGUUUGGGUGGGGUCGGUGGCGGGAGCUGACCGCGCAGGGCCGGCCGAGGCGCCGCCUGUCCGAGCGGGACGUGGAGGGCCUGGCCAGGGCCAUCCUGCUCUUCUGCCUCCUGCACUGCCGGGGGGACGAGGGCGCCCGGGCGCUGGGCUGGGCCCUGCUGACCCCCGGGGUGGACAACGGCCGGACACAGCACGGCCCGCUGACCGCUGCGCUGCCCCGGGGCCGGAAGGGGAAGAAGCUGCUGACCCCUGACCCCAGUGACCAUUCUCCCGGGGCCGAGUGGCUGCGGCGCCACAACCCCGAGGAGCUGCUGCGGGACGAGGGCUACAGGAAACACCUCAGGCACCAGGCCAGCAAGAUUCUCCUGAGGGUCAGGACUCUUUAUUUCCUGCGCCACGAAAUCAUCGGGGACCAGGCCGAGAAAAUCCUGGGGGGGGCCCUCCCCAGCUCCGUGCAGCUCCUGGUGCCGCUGCUGCAGCAGCCGGAGGCGCCGGCGCCGUGGUGGGACCCCGAGGCCGACAAGAGCCUGCUCCUGGGGGUCUUCAAACACGGGUACAAGAGAUGGUACCAGACGAUGCGCGCUGACCCCGCUCUGUGUUUCCUGGCCCGGGCCGGGGGUCCCGACGCCGCCGCCGUGGCGGCCGAGGGGGCCGAGCUGGACGGGGACCCCGAGGACGCCGAGGAGCAGCCGGGGGGAGAGGAGAGUGACCCCCUGGCCGGGCUGGACGAGGAGAUCUCGGUGGUGGACGGGGAGGAAGCCCCAGUGUCCAGCCCGAUGUCCAGCUCAGUGUCCAGCUCAGUGUCCAGCUCAGUGUCCACUCCGUGGCCAUCGGGGCCCGCACUGACCGCUGACACUGACCGCUCACUGACCAUUCUCUCCUCAGCCCCAGUGUCCAGCCCGAUGUCCAGCUCAGUGUCCAGCUCAGUGUCCAGCUCAGUGUCCACUCCGUGGCCAUCGGGGCCCGCACUGACCGCUCGCUUUCGCCGCCUGCUCGGGGCCUGCCAGGGGGGCCGGGACCCCCCCCCGGAACCGCCCCGGGACCCCCCCGGCACCGAGACCGGAACCGGAACCGGGAACAGAACCGGAACCGGAAGUGGCGCCGGAAGCGGAAGUGGCGCCGGAAGCGGAAGCAGAACCAGCGGGGAGCGGCGGCGGCAGCGGCGGGGCCGGGACAAGCAGCAGCGGUGGACCCGGCGGGAGCAGGCCGAUUUCCUGCGCGUGGCCUCCACCUUCGGCGUGGAGCUGGAGCCGGGCUCGGGCCGGUUCCGCUGGGCGCGGUUCCGGGCCUUGGCCAGCCUGGAGCGGCGCUCGGACGAGGAGCUGACGCGCUUCUACCACGGCUUCGUGGCCAUGUGCCGGCAGGUGUGCCGGCUGCCGCCCGCGCCCGGAGACGUGCCACCCCCGCUGUCCCCUCCACCCUUACCUGUCUCCCCGUCCCUGGCCCUGCGCUGCCUGCGCCGCCUGGCGCUGCUGCGCUGCCUCCGCGAGCGCGUCCUGCCCCACCCGGCCCUGGGCUCGCUCCUGGCGCGGGCGCCGCCCCCCGGCGCGCUGCUGCCGCCCUGGUGGCUGCGGGGGGUGCACGACGCGGAGCUGCUGCGCGCGGCCGCCCGGCACGGCCUGCGGGGGGCGCUGCUGCGCGGGGGCAUCACCCCCAGGGCCGGGCAGGGGGGAGAGGAGGAGGAGGAGGAGGAG